AUGCAACGCAGAGCGCGCGCUGUGUGCACCCGAUGCCAUGGUCGCAAGGUUCGUUGCGACCUAGAAGGUCGGCCAAGUGGCAACUGUAGCCGUUGUGAGCAUGAAGGCCAUACGUGUCAACCUCACGUUGGACCUCGAAAGCAAAGGAAAGCACUCCGCUCCUCACUUCAUUCGUCAGAUACCAGCCUCCUGUCACUAAGCCGAACAGCCCCUGCUGUGACACACGAAUGCACAGUACAGGAAGCCACGCCCUCCCCCUUUCAACCUCUUGGCCAUCGUGAUAUCAGCUGUUUGGGACCUAACAAUGUCAAUGGCUGGCAGCAGCCAAAUUCCAUCGAUGGAAGUCAGCUCAUUCUGGACACAAGCCAAGCUUGUCGGCUUCCACCCCCUGUCAUUGCCCAUGCCUUUGCUGAUUUCUAUUUCCGGGAGCUAUUUUAUUUUGUGCCAGUUUUGGAUUACGGACAAUCCGAGAUACCAAGCUCUACUUUGCUACAGCAAUGCCUGUGUUUCGCGGGAAGUACCAUGCGUCAAAAAACAGGGCCAGCCGAGUGGACCACAUUUGCCAUUUAUGGGCGGAUAAAGACAUUGCUCUUUCUACACCACGAUCCAGCUCCAUUGAAUAUGCUCAGUGCUCUUUGUAUUCUCAGCACCUGGCUUCCAUAUUCUCCCGAUGCGAUAGUGCUGGAUAACCCCUGGCAAUGGGCUGGUAUGGGAAUCCGACUCGCAAUUCAGUUGCACUUGCACGAGGACGAGACAUACAGCCGAUUAGAGCAUCCUGGAAGAGCACGCAGAAUAUGGUGGUAUCUCGUUAUCAACGAUACUAUGCAGACGGCUUGCUGUGGGCGUCCUGGAAUGUUCCCCUUGGAAACGUCCGUCCCACUGCCUGUUCCUAGUGACUUCAAAGAUCCCGAUCUCGGAUCACGCGUUUUCUGCCACUUGGUAGAUCUCUGCACAAGUCUGAGGAAGGUUUUGGAUCUGGCUAGAGUUGAUAAUACCUCAUCAGAGGAGGCGUAUCUGAUCCUGGAGACACUGGGACUGCGGAGACAAUCGUGGCCUUUCGAAAUACAACUGUUCGACACUGAAUCUAGACGACCAUACAGUCGCGCUGUUACUGAGCUCCAUAUAUUUUACCUGGUGACUGUCAUUUUGAUAUGCUUCCUUGGCCGCCGGGACAACCCCUCGUUGUUUAAGUUUGCUUCGAUGACAGCUUCUUGCUGUGUUUCUCGGCUAUAUGAGGAGAUCAUCUACCACGAGGAUGUUCAAUACCUAUUACCAAUCCAUUCUUGGGUUAACCUUGUCGCUGGGAUCCCCCGAGCCUUCAGUGACAGCGGUGCAUUGAACCCAGACCGAGACGAGGAGCUCAGAAUCAGCACGCAGGUGCUGGAAACUAUGAGUGAGAAACAUACCUCCGCUGCUUACGUACUGGACAAAAUCAACGGUCUCAACAAAAUGCAUGCAGAUGCGUUUCCCGCUCAAUCUGAUAAUACGUGGGGUGCUUUUUCGGUACCUGAGCAAAUGAAGGUGGUUCAGCUCUUCCCUUUCCCCUCCAGCUUUUGCCCUAUGCUCAGCUUGCUAGGAACGGUGGAAACCAGUGAAACACAACCACCGGACGUGCUUGUUACUUCGUCUAUGGAUAGCAAUGAUUGGCCGAUAGAUUGGUCUUUCUUCUUAUUUGACGGUCCCAUGAGUUUUUGA